AUGAUUACACAUAUGGUUACACCUGAUUCUACUUCUUCACCACCAAAUUCACCCUGCGGAGAAGACACAAUCAAAUUGAAUUCAUCUGUGAUUAGUGCAUCAUCACCAGCCACAUCAUCAAACUUUCUUCAGAGUUUACAAUUCCAACACCAACAAAUAAAUCAGUUUCAUAUGUUACAACAACAUCAACAUCAACAAUAUCUGCAACAAGUAUACUCCACUAAUUAUACUUCAACACCUGUUGAUCAAUUAUUUCAAUUUGACAACAAUUCUGUUACAUCUUUUAAUCCUGCACAUGCGGCAACAAUCAAUAGUUCCCAAAGAUCACCAUAUGAAUCUUUACAACCACCACCACCACCACCAUCACAAUCACAAUCACAAUCAUCAUCACAGCAACAACAAUUACCUCCUCCUCCACUGAUGUCAAUAAUUCCUCAAGCUUCACAGGAUACAACAACCCAACCAUUACAACCAAAUAAUUUCUACCAUGAAUAUAUUAAUGAAUUUGGUAAUAAUCCUCAGCAUCCUUAUAGCUCAUUUGUUAAUCCUCAAUUUGCUAAUUCUGUUAAUUCGUUACCAAAUUUGGAUGCACACCAACAAUCAUCCCAAUCGCAAUCUAUUAUGCAACAUUCUCAAGAUUAUUCAAAGAUAGGUUCAGCUCCAACAGAGACAACAAGUUUUUUGUAUAACCUACAAAAUCAAUCCACUGAUUUGAUGAUUAAUCACGAUUUGGAGUUCAACAACACCUCCUUUGAUUCAAUUGGAGAAUACAGCCAACCAGGUAUCUCUUUAACAUAUCCUCCAACUUUGCAACCACAACAAAAUCAGUUUCACGAUUCAAUCCCAACAAGCCAAGUACAAGAAUAUCCUCAUACUCCUUCCCAUUUAAGUGAACCUCCUUUAUCUGCUGGUAUUUCUGAUGUUUCAAAUUUUAGUACUGUCUUGGACGAAUCUCAUCUUUAUCGUCCAUCUUCUACCAUUGGCCAUAAAUUAAAAUCGCCAAUUCCUUCUUCUACUCCUUAUCUGAAUAUUCAUAAUUCACAGCUUCCUCCGCCUACAUCUAGUACUCGUAAGAAGAUUACCAAGAAAUCAUCUUUGUCAAGGUUAAAUACAUCAUCAAGAAAAAACUUACAAGCAAGUUUGGUUCAAUCUUUGUCUACUCCUACUGAUCUUGAACAUAAUUCACCACCUCCAGUAAGAAUAAUUUCUCCAAUUUUGAAAAGCAAAGCCAGCUUUGCCAAUAUUCAAACGGAAAUAACCGAUGAUGAAGAAGGAGAAGAAGACGAUGAUGAGAAUGACUUUUCUGAUUUUACCCAGCCACCACCACCAGUAAUUGGAAGUUCUAUUGCUGGAAAUGUUGGUUUGAGAUCAAUUUCCAAUACCUCAUCAACUUCAUCACAUGGAUCACAUCAUGGCUUACCAGUGAUGAAUGUCUUCCGUCAUAAUUCUGCGUCCACUGUUGCACCAUCUGUUCAACUGAGUCAACCACUUAAGAAGCCAAUGAAGAAAACCAGAAGAAAAUCUUCUACAGCAACAAGAACAACAGCAAAUGCCAAUGCAAAUAGAAUUAGUAGUAAAUCCUCAACAGAUUCUACAAAGACAGAGUCAGAAUCAGGUGAAGACUUUGACGUUGGUGUUACUCCUGUGAAGAAAAAACACACUAGGAGAAGAUUAUUACCAAGAUCCAAAAAAGGUUGUUGGAUUUGCAGAAUUAAACAUUUGAAAUGUGAUGAAGUUACACCAGUUUGUGGAGGUUGUGCCAAAUUUGGAUUACAAUGUGAUUAUAGUCCAGAAAAACCUGAUUAUGUCACUGAUAAAUUCUUACGUCAACAAAAAUUAGAAGAGGUUUCUUUGAUUAGAAAAAGAAAUCAAGCCAAAACAAGAAUUCCAAGAAAGAAAUCAAAAAAAGACUUGAAAAAGUCAACUUUACUGGGUUUUUAA